UAGAGUUGCAACUAAAAUAAUGUAACUGAAGUAAUAAGUUCAGUUAGAAAUCAUUAAAAUGAAUAAUAUUUAAGAGUAACAUUAAUUAGUUAGAAAAUAAGGAACAUUAAACUGGAAAAACUAUCAUGAUUUAUGCAUUAAGUAUUUUGGAAAGUACAAGCGAGAAAACUUCCAGUAUGAAUACAGGAUAUCCUCCAGUUCCUGGCACCAUCACAGUGGUCCCCGUACAAUUCGGAGACACUCCUAUGCAAGUGACAUGUAGUAAUUGUCACAAAACAGUUAUUACCACCACUGUAGCCGAGAAUGGCGCAUGCGCAUGGAUUGCAGUUUUAGUGAUGGUUUUCGUUUUCUGUCCUUGUUUUUUCAUUCCUCUUUGCAUCGAUUCUUGUAAAGAUAUUCAUCACAAAUGCCCAUCCUGCGGCUGUCAACUUGGAGUUUACAAGAAAUUAUAAGCAGAAGGCACAAGAAAAGCAAUUGGCCAAAUAUGAAGCAUGACUUAUUUGUUGACAUUUUUAAUGCAGGAACUAUUUUUAUUACAUUUCUAAAUUAAAUAGCUCAUGACAUGACAAACCAGUAUUACAGCCAAAAUAUUUUUAUUGUAUAAAAUUGUGAUUAAGAAAUCAAAAUUUAACCCAUAAAUGAUUGUAAAUAGAUAGAAUUUUGAUUUCUUCAUCACAGUCCCAAUGCAGCAUUAUUUUUCUUACACAAAAAAGCAAAGAACGUGAUCAAAAAACAGUGAAGGGUGUUUAUUAUAUGUUUACAUUAUAUUUUAUGAAUCAAUUACGUGAUCAGCUGCUAAAUGUUUUGUUUUCCUGCAUACAUGUUGAAAAAAACAAGUUUAAAUAUGCAGAUAUUAAUAAAAAUCCUAUUUUUGUUACUUUGUUUUUCGUUGAAUGAAGGUAUGAUUAAUUCAUGCAAACUAUGUAAACUAAGUUUUACUUAGCAAGCAAUUUCUGUCACAAUAAAAGCUUGAGAAAGAAAA